UACGCCAUCGUGUUCAAGACUCCGCCCUAUCACAGCGCAGAGAUCGAGCGUCCCGUCACCGUCUUCCUGCAGCUGAAGAGGAAGAAGGCCGGUGACAGCAGUGACCCCAAACAGUUCACCUACGUCCCACAUGUCCAAGAUAAAGAGGAGGUACUGAGGAAGAAGCAGAAACCGCUGCCUCACUAUGAACCCUGGAGAGGAGGAGCAGGAGGGCGAGGAGGAGGAGGAGCUGGGGGUUUCGGAGGAGGUGGUGGGGGAGGAGGAGGAGGAUUUCAGUUCAACCAGCAGAUGAACGGAGGAGGAGGAGGAGGAGGAGCAGGAGGAGGAGCUUUCUUCACCGGCGGUUUCACUGGCUUCAGUGGAGGGGGAGGGGCUCAUAUGUCAGGCUCCACCCCUCAGACAGAUGUUGCCCAGCACCCAAGUGACGGACAGAUGACAGGUUCUCCUCUCCAGCAGCAGCUCUGUCAGAUUGCUGCAGCGCUCCACAACCGAGCGUCUCAGAGCGCCAGACAGACCGCCGCCGCCCUGCUGCAGUACUGCAGCACCGGGGACGCCCGCGUCCUCCUGGCUAUCCAGAGACACCUCUGUGGCGUCCAGGACGGCAACGGAGACACUCCUUUGCACCUGGCCGUCAUCCACCAGCAGACAGGUGUGAUUCAGCAGCUCAUUCACACUCUGCUCAGCAGCCAACAGCAAAACGUCCUCAACGUGUCCAACCACCUCCGACAGACACCGCUCCACCUGGCCGUCAUCACGCGACAGGUGAAGGUGGUGGAGGUGUUGUUGCGGGCAGGGGCGGACCCCAGCCUGGUGGACAAAGACGGCCGCAGCCCACUCCACCUGGCAGCGCUGGCCGGAGACAGCGCAACACUCCGCCCCCUGCUGGCUCACCUGGGAGAACGCCACACCUACCUGGUCAACACCGCCGACUUCCAUG